AAUGAUUGUAUAAAUAGCAUGCUUGAUGAGUUUUGGUGGUGACAAAGGGAAGCCAAGCGACCAAAGCAAAGGAAUAGAGAGAGCAGAAAUUAACAACAUGGGAAGAUCUCCUUGUUGUGAUGAGAAUGGCCUCAAGAAGGGACCUUGGACUCCUGAAGAAGACCAAAAGCUGGUUCACUACAUAAAGCAACAUGGCCAUGGUAGUUGGAGAGCCCUGCCUAGGCUUGCAGGUCUCAACAGAUGUGGCAAGAGCUGUAGGCUCCGGUGGACCAAUUACUUAAGGCCUGAUAUCAAGAGGGGCAAAUUUUCUCAAGAUGAAGAGCAAACAAUUCUGCAUUUGCAUUCCAUUCUUGGAAACAAGUGGUCAGCCAUUGCAACACAUUUACCAGGCCGCACUGAUAAUGAAAUCAAGAACUUCUGGAAUACCCAUUUAAAGAAGAAGCUGAUUCAGAUGGGGAUUGAUCCAAUGACCCAUCAACCAAGAACUGACAUCUUUGCUAGCUUGCCUCAGCUCAUAGCCCUUGCUAACCUUAGAGACCUCAUGGAGGGUACUCAUCCAUUAGAUGAGCACGAUGUAAGAUUACAGGCAGAAGCUGCUCAAUUGGCUAAGCUUCAAUGCCUACAAUUUCUUGUCCAAUCUGCAGCUUCAAUAACCAACAACUCAUAUAACCAAAAUGGCAUUGCAGACAUGGAAGCUUUCAACUUAGUAAAUUCAUCAGUUCCUCAUAUUAAAGAAAACCCGGUACUAAAUUCAGCCCCAUUUUCACUUGUAAAUGCUACCUCUCAACCACUCCACCAUCCUACUCUAUUAUCUCACUUACCUGCAGACCCAGACCCACAAGUCCCUUUCAGUUUCCAAACAUCGUUGAAUGGUGAGAAUGCGUCAUUGAACAGUGAGGUGGGAUACUGUUCCAACUUUAAAAUGGUCAGCCAAGGAGAUAACCAAACCGAUAACUCAUCAUCAUGGCUUCUUCCAUCCCCUACCCUUCCUCCAACAGCAACCGAGACAUCACUCAGCAAUCCAGGAGGAGAUGCAAGCAGUACUUCUAGCUACAAUGGAACCGCCUCUCCCUACUGGCCUGAACUCUAUUUCGAGGACUCUAUGAUGCAUGAAAUUUCUUAG